AUGAGUCAACCCGGAAGUGGCUGGAAAGGCACUGUUAUACACAUAGCGGUGUGGAAUUAAUAAUAAUAAUUAAAAAAAAAAAAAAAAAACACGCACACCGGAUCCGUCGGUUUUAACACGUGCAGCGGUUUUAUUUCGGAGACAUCGCGCGCGCACUUUCACGCGCAGGAGGAAGUAAUGUGGGGAGAUUUCCGUCCAGCUGAACGGCGCGAGGAGGACAGGACCGGGGAGACACGGAUGGGGAAAGAGGAUCAUCAUCAUCAUCAUCACCACGACAACACCGGCGUUAUUCUGAGUCCUGACAAUGCGUGGUGAAGGAGGAACACUGGAGGGUCAGCUGUGACAUUCAUCUACUGAUACUACAGAGAGAGAGAGAGAGAGAGGGGCUGAUCCUGAUCCUGCAUGAUUAUCUGCAACCCUGAAAUGAAUAAAGCUUUCUCCUCCCUUCGGUCUCUCCUUUGGUGCCACUGGGCCAUGGUUCGUAAGAAAGGCUCCCUUAUCUUAUGCGGAGCGGUUCUGUUCGUCGCCUGGAAUGCCCUGUUGCUCCUGUUUCUCUGGGGACGGCCGCCGAUCGGGCGACUCGGAGACGGAGGUGGCGCCGAACCAGGAGCGGGGGAGGAAUGGCAAGCCGGGAAAGGAAAGAGGGGCGGAGCCAGCGGGCUGGCGGACGAGGUGAUCCGAUUGGCGGAUGAAAUGGAGAAGGAACUGGAGACGCAAAAGAAACUGGUGGAACAGAUACACAGCCACAGAUCAUCGUGGGAAAAGAGUAAAAACCUGGGCAAAAAAGAGGCCGAGGACGCAAGGGACAAAAAAGACGAAUUGCCCCAGUUACCCAACUCGGUGGGAAAUGAAAUUGUUGUAAAAAACAAGCAGGUUCCCGUCGUCACAAAAUCUCCCCCGGACGCAAAACGGGACACGGAGUCCAACAAAGACACGCCGUUGGAAAAUCAUAACGUGGACGUUACGGCUUCUAGUCCUCAAACCGUCAUCCCGAUCUUGGUUAUCGCUUGCGACAGGGUCACAGUGAAAAGAAGUCUGGACAAGCUGAUACAGUACCGGCCUUCAGUCGAGCUCUACCCCAUCAUCGUGAGCCAGGACUGCGGUCACGCCGACACGGCCCGGGUCAUCGACUCCUACGGCAGUCAGGUGACCCACAUCAGCCAACCUGACCUCUCUACUAUUCCUGUGCGGCCCGAUCACAGGAAGUUCCAGGGUUACUAUAAGAUCGCCAGACACUACCGUUGGGCCCUGAACCAAGUGUUUAAUGUGUUUCGGUACUCCACUGUGGUCAUCGUAGAAGACGACUUGGAGGUGGCGCCAGACUUUUUCGAGUACUUCCGUGCCCUCCACCCGAUCCUGCUCUCCGACCCGACGCUGUGGUGCAUCUCAGCCUGGAACGAUAACGGACGUGAUGGCCUGGUGGACCCGGGCAAGGCCGACCUUCUCUACCGGACAGAUUUCUUCCCAGGUCUGGGAUGGAUGCUGUUAAAGGAGGUGUGGGCGGAGCUUGAGCCCAAGUGGCCCAAAGCGUUCUGGGACGACUGGAUGCGUCAACCGGAGCAAAGGAAAGAACGGUCCUGCAUCCGACCGGAGAUCUCCAGGACUAUGACGUUCGGCCGGAAAGGAGUCAGUCUGGGUCAGUUUUUCGACCAGUACCUGCGCUACAUUAAACUCAACACUGAAUUUGUGCCUUUCACUAAACAGGAUUUGUCUUACUUGGUCAGGGAGCACUACGAUGAAAACUUUAAUAAAGAAGUGUACAGUGCGCCUCUGGUAAGAGCCGAGGAGCUGCAGCAGGGUGGUAGUUUGCAAGGUUCAGGACCGUUCCGGGUGCAGUACUCCAGCAGGGACAGUUUCAAGGUCUCGGCUCGGAAUCUGGGAGUGAUGGACGACUUGAAGUCCGGCGUCCCGCGUGCCGGUUACAGGGGCGUGGUCAGCUUUCUCUCUCGCGGUCGGAGGAUUUACUUGGCCCCACCUGAGGGCUGGACAAAAUACGACACGAGCUGGAGCUGAAGGGUUUCAACAAUAGGAUGUGGACAGGGUAUCAGAACCAUGCGAGAGGAGCUGACGAUUGUCCUCCUAAACCAAAGAAAACACGUUGCAUGGUGGAGACGGGAGUGCUCGGGCAAAAUGUGAGAGAUUUCAUGAAGGAAGCCAGCUUUGUUCUGUUCCGAUGAUGUAUGUAGCGUUCACACUAGCAAGCGACGACGUCACGUCAGGUGCGCACUGGUGGAUUUUUAAAUUAUUAUUAUUAUUAUUUUAAAACUACUGUUUUAACACGUUUUCAUUUCCUUCACACCAAAGGCUUUAGAAAGGAAACUAAACUAAACACGGGUCUGAAACUGGUCAUGUGAGAAUAGUGAUUAAGGGAGUCCAUUGGAGCCGCUCGUUUGCAUUUGUCGCUUGAGCGCUCCAUGCCCGAUUUGCAUAGAACUGAGAAUGUCACAUUCAAACGACGGCUCCGUACGUGUCGCACACCUUGUAUGGAACAUCGACUGUACAUUUGGCUGUCGCUCUAUCACUUGCUAGUGUGAACAUAUGUUUAGGGUUCAAGCCCGGUUGUAGUGGGAACGACACCAACGACGACAAUACGAAGAAGAAGAAAAAAAGGCCACUUCCUCAUGCACAUACCGUAAUCAUACUGAGAAAAGAGCUGAAGUAAAGGGUGUUGAAGGAUCGUCAUGUCAUAACCACUGCUAAAUUGUAUAUUUUUCCAAAUGACUAUCAUCAAAGAUCUCUCACCCAGUGAGAGUUUCCAACUCGUUCUAAUCAAGCUCCUGACUUAUUAAUGAAGGUAUAAUCCACGUUUAUCUUGAGGAAACAAAGUAGAUUUUACGUACCUUUUUAAAAAAUAUAUAUUAUUAAAGGAGCACUGCUUUGGGCGAAGGUCCCACAUGUGAAGAAGCACCAAAACUUUUUCUUGAAGUACUUGAACGCUACUACGUCCUCUAGAAUUUGGGAGCACUUUCAAGUUAAGAUUAAAAGAUAUCCUAAGUUGUUGGGUUUGUCGCAGUGACCACGGAGAACGCGGUCUUUUCAGCGGAUCCGAGUAGACCCCGGACGAGAGGACGAAUCGAUACUAAUUUAAAACAUGCUGUAUUUGUGGGAAGGUUUGAUAUGUCUGUCUGACAAAGUAUAAAACCACUGCCUGAUGUGUUUCUAAAUUUAAUACAUUGAUAAUAAAAGACUAUUUUGAUA